CCACCGGGCAGAGACGACAAUUUGGAAGAGAGAGAAAGAAAAGAGUAAAGUGACUAUCAAAGUUGGAAAAUCCUGAGAACCUGAACAAUUGCUCCCUCUACGGAGGAAAAAAGCUUUGUGACAGGCUAGGCGAUAUAAUUUGAAAGCCCUCUGACGUUUGUCUCCACGAUUUGGAGAAGACGCACUACGUGGUCAUGUGACCUUGUACCGGCUUGUGCCAAACCUCCAGCGUCACCGUCUCCUUCUUCCGGUGCCAAAGCCGUGGACCGUGGUGGGCGGUUCGAUCCCCACUCCCACACUCUCUUCACCCCGGCACGGCCACGGGUCACAGCUUUUCUCUCUUCGUCCUCGUCCUCGCUGCCGUUUCCAGUUUCCACCGGGGGGUUUCUAUAUAUAAAACGCCCAAAAAUACCUUAACCCUUCCUCACUCUUCCGGGGAGGGGAUCCAGUAUCCCAUUAACUACGACCGCCGCCGCUGCUCCCCAUUUGCCUUGCCGUAUCUCAAUAACCGAAACCCCGGCCAGAUCUUCCGCGACUGCCCCCCAAAAAAAAUGGCGGCUUGGUCGCCGAGGCCACUGCUGCUGCUCCUGCUCCUCGCGCUCCUCUGCUCCCACAUUGCGCUCUGCUCGUCGGCCGCGCCGGCCGCGAAGCCCAAGCCCAAGGCCUCCGCCGGCCGCAAGGCGCUCCUCGCGUCCGACGCCGACGACGGGGACGAGCCAGUCAAGGCGCCCAAGACCACCGCCGCCGGGGGUAAGGCCAAGAAGAAGCUUGUCCCCGACGGCAAGAACCAGACCAAGGUUGUUGCCAAAGGCAAGAAAUCGGAGCCGGCCGCCGCAGCGAAGCCGACAAAGAAGACGAGCGCCAAAGCGGGUGGGGAUUUGGCCGUUGCCAAGCCCAAGGUCCCGAAGGUGGACAAGGCGGCCACCGCCAAGUCCAAGGCCACCGAUUCUGCUGCCAAGUCCACCAAGGUGCAGCCGAAGACGGGUGCUGCUAAGGCGUCCAAGCAGGUGAAAUCUGAGGGCGGCGCCCCCAAGGCCAAGAAACCGUCCAAUUCGACCGUGGAUGCUAGUAGCAGCAAGAAGCCGGCCAAAUCGACCAAGAAGACGCCGGUGCUAGCCGCCGCCGACGGGAAGGCGAGCGCGAAGGCGACGAACACGACCGUGAGCAAGGAGUCCGCGGGGGUGGAAGAGGACGUGGUGUUCGCGGAUGAGGCGGACGGGACAGAGGACCUCAUGUCCGAGUUCCGGGGCCUCCCCGCGCGGCUCCACGAGACGCUCAUGCCGGACCUGGCGCGGCUCUCGCACACCUCCAAGGCGUACAUGUCGGCGGCCAACGCGGGGAUCGCGGGCGGCGUGCGGCCGAUCCUGGGCGGCCGGUGGGCGGCUGCGGCUGCGUCCGCGGCAUCGGUAGCCCUCCUCCUGCUGCCCCUGUUCAUGCUGACGGCGCUUGUGCGGCGCAUGGGGCCUUACCUGCCGCUGCUCCACCGCGCGCUGCUGCUCUCGCAGGCGUACCUGGCCAUCUACUUCGCCACGCUCGCGCUGCUGGCCGCCGCCACGGGGCUGGAGCCGCUGCGCUUCUUCCACGCGACCUCGCCGGCCGCCUACGCCUGGACGCAGUCGGCCCAGUCGCUGGGCUUCAUGGGCUACCUCGUGCUCCAGAUGGUGGACCUCGUGGCCGUCUUCUCCGGGGCCGCCUCGCCCGAGGCGGACACCAAUGGGGACGCCACCAAGGCGCUCGGCCUGGCCCAGAUGGUUGUGGGCCUGGCCGUCGGCCUGCACUACUACGCCGCCGUGUUCCACCGCGCCGCCGCCGGCGAGGCCCCAAGGGCGAACUGGCGAGUGUACGCCGUCUACGCUGCCUGCUUCGUCAUCAUCUGCGCGUGCGCUCGCGCCGAGAAGAGGAAGAAAGCCUACCUUGCCGGCGGCGACGGCGCCGCCGAGGAGUGGAAGAAGAGCUGAGCUGAGACAGGGGAACUGUAGGGGCUUAUCAGCAAACUUUACAAUAUAGCCGAAGCCAAAGGUCUUGGGUGUAAGAAGGGUGCGGGUUCAGCAGGGAGGGGGGAAACAAAUCGAAGAUCAAUGAAAACAAGAGGAGAAAGCUAUUUAAUUGUUUUCCUUUUUCGACAUCAUGUUUUUUUUCUCAAUUUGUAUUGGUUGGGUACAGAGGAUAAUUAAUGGCAUAAUGCAGCAAAUAUGCAUUAAGUUAGUCAAUUUAUUACUA